GCGAGUACCGGAAUACUCGCUCUACUUCCUACAUGUACAAAUACUUCUUCGUUCGACUGCUGCGGCGGCUCAUCAAAGGCUUGUGUUGUUUAAUUAGUGGCUUUAACACCACGUGACUCCACACGAGCGCUCAUUCGUUGGGAGACGUCCCGGACCACCGGGGACCGGACCGGGGCGCCGCCGUUACCCCCGGACAUUUACAGCGGGCGACCGAGCCGCUGACACGGGGCCGUUAUUCAUCAGCGCCUCGGUGCUUCCGGUGCUGCGGUGCUUAUAAGCACCUGAAGAACCCCGCCCCGCCCGCCGGGCCGCCCAGCUGGAUAACGCCGACAGGUUCGUCCGGACCGGGCUCACACCGAGUCCACCUCCCGGACCGGGCUCACACCGAGUCCACCUCCCGGACCGGGCUCACACCGAGUCCACCUCCCAGACCGGCGGCCCAUGGCGUCCUUCAUCUUGAUCUUCACCCUCCUCUUCUUCCUGGUCGUGGUGGGCGGGACUUCACCGACUGUCAGUCACUUAGGUGACUCGUCAGAGCCCAUGUGUUACGACUGGGGAGAGUCCAGUGAGGGGCCGGUCUCGGUCCUGGAGGGGGAGGCCGGCUGGCUGUCCUGUCCCUUCUUCUCCCACCCCUCCGUCUACAACUACACCUCCACCCAGAGCGCCGGACACGACCUCACCUGGUACCGCCUCCCCGAGGGCCACGACCUGGAGCAGCCGGUCCAGUACAGCUGGCGGAUCAGCAGAGACAAUGAGCGCCUGUGGCUGCAGCCGUCCGUCGCCAACGACACGGGGCAGUACAUCUGCAUGCUGAGCAACUCUUCGUCCUGCAGUAAGAGCGCUGUGCGUCUGAGGGUCCUUCGUCCCGACGAGGUCGUCCGCUCCAGUGCCUGCGAGCCUCCGGUUGCCGUGCCGACCCACAGGACCAGCGUCCCGUUCCAGUCGGGGUUCGUCCUGGACUGUCCAGACCUGCAGGAGGCACGCAGGAGGUCGCCCGGGGAGACGAGUGUCUCUUGGUCCUUUAUGUGUGACCGGACCCCGUUGACUAACUACCGUGAGCCGAAAGGAGACCGCCUCCAGAUCCACGUGAUGUUCGGACCCUUCGAGGGUCUCUACUUCUGUAGAGUCGAGUUCAGGAGGACGGGCCGCGUGCUGCACUUCACCAGGAGCGUCAACGUCACUGGUGUCUCUCCAGAUUCUCUGCCCAAACAACCCACCAUCCUCCUCCCGGGAGAGGACCAGGUCUUCCCUGUCAAACUGAACACAAAGGUCAGUCUCUUGUGUCGAGGUUCCUUCCCGUUCCUGAACUCUUCCUGGGAGAUCUGGUGGACGGUUGAUGGGAAGACACUGGACAAGCUGGCCGACCAGCAUCACUUCUCCAAAUCCGACAGACAGGAGAGGUACGACCACGGGGACCGGUGGGAGGACAGCGUGCUGCUGAUCCAGGACUUCCAGUCUGAAGACCUGAACCGGGAGUACAACUGCUCCGUGAGGAACGACCAGGGGUUCGAAACCCGCAGAGCUCAGCUGAAGGAGGAGGGGUCGCUGCCGUCCUUGGAGCUGGGUUGUGGUCUCGGGGUGACCCUGGUCCUCAUGCUGCUCCUCUUCGUGUUCUACCACGUCUUCUGGCUGGAGCUGCUGCUGCUCUACCGGUCCUGGUUCGGCACCGACGAGCAGCACACAGACGAUAAGCAGUACGAUGUGUACAUCUCGUAUGCGCGGCACAGUGAGGAGGAACACUUCGUUCUCUUCACUCUUCGCAGCGUUCUGGAGAACGAGCUCAAAUACUCUGUUUGCAUCUUUGACCGAGACAGUCUGCCUGGAGGAACCAUCACAGAUGAGACUCUGGGCUUCGUGGCUCGGAGCCGGCGCCUCCUGGUGGUGGUGAGCCCCGGCUACGCCUCCCAGGGCUCCCAGGCCCUGCUGGAGCUGCAGGCCGGCAUCGACGCCAUGGCGCUGGGCGGGCACCUGCGGGUGAUCCUGGUCCAGUACAAGCCGGUCCGAUGGCAGGGCUGGGUCCGGGAGCUGAGGAGGGCCCGCGUGGCCCUGGUGCUGGUCCGCUGGCAGGGGGACAAGUCCAAGGAGCUCACGUCCCGCUUCUGGAAGCGGCUCCGGGUGGAGCUCCCUGUGAGGAGGGUCAGCAGGGAGGAGGUGCAGGAGGAGAAGGAGGAGCUGGGCCUGAUGAGGAUGCUCAGUCAGAACAGCACCAACUCCCAAACGGGCCUCAUCAGCGACACCAGCAAGGACCCGCAGAAGGUCCUGAACUCUGCCACGUAGCCGCGAUGAGGCGGUUCUGAACGUCCAUAUAGACUAUAAUAUAAGUGUAUAAUUAGAUUUGUCUCUAUGGAUGCUAUUCAUCUUUAAAUCAUUUUUUUAAAGAACAGUAUUUUUAAGGGAAGAAAGCAUCUGCACUUUGUCAUUAUUUACAGUAUUUCAUCUAUUUUAAUAAAUGCAUUGUCCAUCUAA